GGUUGAACGACAUGUCAAUAAAGAUGGCAUCUAGUAUGUCGUAGUUGGAAAUGAUAUGUCGUAAAAUAUAUAUAAUUUAUUGUCUGUGAACUUACUUAGUACUUUAAAGAUGAAUUUAGGCGUGUCAAAUCCACAUGGAAAUGGUCUUUUGUAUGCUGGCUUUAAUCAAGAUCAAGGUUGUUUCGCCUGUGGAAUGGAAAAUGGCUUUCGAGUGUACAACUGUGAUCCACUGAAAGAGAAAGAACGACAGGAUUUUGCAGGAGGAGGCUUGAGCUAUGUUGAAAUGCUUUUUCGGUGCAAUUAUUUGGCCCUUGUUGGUGGGGGACCAAGACCGCUUUACCCACCAAACAGAGUUAUGGUGUGGGAUGACUUAAAGAAGACACCAGUAAUUGCAUUGGAUUUCAAUGCUCCUGUACGAGGGGUUCGGUUGCGACGUGAUAGGAUAGUGGUUGUGUUAGAGGGUGUUAUCAAAGUGUACACCUUCACCCAAGCGCCACAGCAGCUUCAUGUGUUUGAAACAAAUCCUAAUCCCAAAGGUUUGUGUGUAUUAUGUCCAAAUAGCAAUAAUUCCUUACUGGCAUUCCCUGGACGCAAGACGGGACAUGUUCAGGUUGUUGACCUAGCCAACACAGAGAGAGCACCACUUGACAUAGUAGCGCAUGAGGCAGCUCUUAGCUGCAUAGCUCUCAAUUUACAAGGAACUCGCCUCGCCACUGCAUCUGAGAAGGGUACUUUAAUUCGAGUAUUUGACACAUCGUCAGGAUCUAUGAUCAACGAAUUACGGAGAGGGGCAAACACAGCAAACAUUUACUGCAUAAAUUUCAAUCAUGAUUCGUCAUGGCUUUGUGUCUCCAGUGAUCAUGGCACUGUACAUGUGUUUGCUGUUGAGGACCAGAAGCUGAAUAGACAGUCCAGCCUUGCAUCCGCCACUUUCCUACCCAAAUAUUUCAGUUCAAAUUGGAGCUUCUGCAAGUUCCAGGUUCCAGGAGGACCACAGUGUGUGUGUGCCUUUGGAGCAGAUAACAACUCUGUCAUAGUGAUAUGUGCGGAUGGUAGUUACUACAAAUUCAUGUUCAACAACAAGGGAGAAUGCUCACGUGACAUGUAUGCUCAGUUUCUGGAGAUGACAGAUGACAAGAUGUAGCAGUAUUCACAUGGACACGCAUCAUAAUGAAACAGAGUGGAUUAUUCCUUUCCCUUCAACCCACCAAUCCUGGUUGUCCGGUCACUGUUGCCAUAUAUGAUAAGGGAGAACUGCAGAUAUAGGGGUGAAUUCUCAACUGCUCGUCUGGUAUAGACUGAAGUAUGCCAGACCAUGGGAUUUUUCCUUUGUGUCAAGUGGUUAAAGUGAACAAGACAUUACUUUUAUAAUUGAAAUACAUUAAACUUGUGUAUAUAGUGACAUUAAUAUUAAAUAUGAGAUAUUCCAAAUGAAAAAAUGUAAUCUCCACUGAAGCAGUAAAUAAUUUUGCCACAUUUGGUUCAGUUGUGAUAUUUUGAUAGUAACCUUUGGAUGUUAAGUUUAUGCAGGGAGAUUAUUUUGAAACCUGACACAAAUUGUUCAACAUAUUCCAUGGUAGAGAGGCAAGCUCCUUGUGUCAUCUCAUUCUAUGCAUGUUUGGAGUUGAAGGAUAACUGACAAAUCUGCAGGCCAACAGAUUGCUAACAUAACUCAUCCAGAUCACAGCAGAUUCCAGAAAUGCUGCAUUCUUUGUGCCUCUGUAAUAUGGUUACAUUCACACAUUAAAGUUCUGUUUUGGAAGUGGAAUAAGCAUAAAUCACAAAAUCUGUAACUUUGAACUUUUGUCUCUUGUACGUGACAUUUAAGACAUUUGUGAGGAGACCAUUCAAGCUGGCACCAGUUUCAUUCAAUUUCUCUUCCAUGAGCUGUUUGAUUCAAUUCUUUUCUUUUUUGUCCAAAAGACCCUGCCUAUAUAAAUGUAUUUAUGAUUGUAAGAACAUUUCUAUUUGGCAGUGUAACAUCCUGAAAUGUAUGCUGGAAUCUUAUCCUAAUUUUUAAUGUGUCAACAUAAGAAGUAACAUAACUGAUUGAAAGUUUAUUGAAGUAGUAGGGUCUUGUGAUUAUUUUCGUUAGGCACAUCAUACAUAAGCUCAUAUCACAGAGUUGUUCAAGGAUUUUUUGGGGUGAUUCUGAAGAGAAAUUGUAUUGUGUGUAGUCUGUUUCUCUAUCGACUGUACCACAAGGCUGAACACUCAGGGCAUGAGUUGAUGCCUGAGUAGCAUAUGUUCCUUUUGCCAGACCAGCUGCAUGAUUUGUGGUAGGCUCUUACAUCAUUUUCUUGAAUUAAGAAAUCCAUUUUCCUUUGGCCAUAUUUCACCUAAGAGAAGUAAAUGAUUCAAUUUAAUUCCUAUACAA